AAAUUAUCAAAAUUUUAAGUGAGCUAAAAAAAUGCCUCGUUUGACUAGAAGAGCCUCCCAAAAUGUCUGUUACAAGGAGAAUAUCGACACAAAUAUCGUAGAAAUCGAAAAACCCAAAAGAAUUUCGACUCGCAAGCGUCAAAGUCCCCAAAAACUCAUCGAAGAGGAAUCGCCCACAAAGACACGGAAGAAAAGUCCCGUUGCCGAGCCAGAUUCGCCCGGAGUUUCAGCCCAAUUUUCGGCAUCGUUGCACUUAAACGAGAAAAAAGACGACGUUUCACCCCAAAAAAAGCCAAAGGAAAAGACCAAAUACCAAAAUGCCCGUCGUGCUCUCACAAAUAAUGAAAACUACAACUUGCCGGGACGCGAAAAUGAGUUAAAACGUCUUCAGAGCUUGAUCGACUCCCAUCUUGACGCCGAAAAAUCCGGAAGUUUGUACAUCAGUGGACAACCCGGAACUGGAAAGACUGCCUCGUUGAUGAAAAUCAUGAAUAACGACAAUUACAAGAAACGAAUCAAGAUUGUUUACAUCAAUUGUACCUCGAUGUCGUCUGCGGGAAGCAUUUAUAAGCGAAUUUCAACGGAAUUGGCAUUAAAACCCAAAGGAACGACGGAAAAAGAUCAUUUAAAGGCAAUUGAGGACUUUUUGGUGUCGCGUCAUAAAAUGGUAAUGCUCGUACUUGACGAAAUCGAUCAGUUAUCGACGAAUAAACAAACAGUUUUGUACAAAAUCUUCGAAUGGCCUUCGUGGGAAAAGUCAAAAGUUAUUCUAGUUGGCAUCGCAAACGCUCUCGACUUGACAGAUCGCUUACUUUCGCGUCUCCAAGCGAAAUGCGAACUCAAACCGGAGUUAAUUCACUUUACUCCGUACUCCAAAGCACAAAUUGUCGACAUUUUCAAGUCUCGUUUGGAGGAAGGAGGCGUUUUGGAUCUGUUUCCAGCAACAACUCUUCAAUUACUUGCCGCUAAAGUCGCUUCCGUGUCAGGAGACAUUCGUCGAGCGCUCGAUAUUGGACGAAGAGUUGUCGAAAUUGCCGAACAACGGAACAAAGUUUUAGAUAUUCACGAAAUUUCAUCCAUGAUUGAUGGAACAAAGACUGAAAAUCCCUCCAAUGAAGCAGAAAAAAAGCCUGAAGCAGCUCCAGUUCAAAUCAAAGAAGUACUGAGUGUCUUAAAUAAUGUUUAUAGUACCGCACAAAGUCUCACCAAUGAUGAAGAUGAUGCUUUUCCGUUGCAACAAAAGCUUCUGAUAUGCGCUCUUUUGCUGAUUAUCAAACAUGACAAGAACAAGGACAUCACACUAGGUCGAUUGCACGACGUUUAUAAGAGAGUUUGUAAUAAACGAAACCUUUUGGCGCUCGAUCAAACGGAAUUUUCGAGUCUUUGUAGCUUGGUUGAAGUUCGCGGGAUCAUUCGAGUGUUAAAAAAGAAGGAAUCUCGCUUGAAUCGUGUCACGCUCCAAUGGGACGAGCAAGAAGUCAAUGCAGCGUUGAAGGAUAAACAAUUGAUAGCAACAAUUUUGGACGACAAAUCAUGUUUAAGUAGAUAAUUUUAAGAAUUAAAGACAGAAAAUUUAAUAAAAAUGUUU